CUGUCUCUCUCUUUCUCUCUCUCUAAUGGCGAUUGAGCAACAGCAGCAGCAGAGGCGCCAGGAACAACGAUCCUGCCCAGAGAGGAAAGGUCAGAAACGUAAACUAGAGGAAGAAUUCGACGAAGAACGAGAGAUCUCGUUCACUUCUCCUGAGGCUCGGAAAGGCUUAGCGUCGGAGGUGAGUGGCCAAGUUCAAAUUCUUAACUCCACUUUCACUUGGAAAGAAGCGGAUCGAGCCGCUGCCAAGCGCGCCACUCAUGUUCUCGCCGAAGUUGCCAAAAAUGAAGAAGUGGUGAAUGUCAUCGUGGACGGUGGUGCAGUCCCUGCUUUAGUGAGGCAUCUUCAGGCGCCGCCACCUUUGAGAGACGGAGACUGUGGCCAGAAGCCGUUCGAGCAUGAGGUCGAGAAAGGGAGUGCUUUUGCUCUUGGACUUCUUGCAGUAAAGCCUGAGCAUCAACAACUCAUAGUUGAUGCUGGUGCUUUGUCUCAUCUUGUGGCCCUGUUAAAAAGGCAUAGAGAUGGGUCUAACUCUCGGGCUGUCAAUAGUGUUAUUCGGAGAGCGGCUGAUGCAAUCACUAACCUUGCUCAUGAGAAUAGCAGCAUUAAAACUCGUGUCAGGAUUGAAGGGGGAAUUCCUCCCCUUGUUGGGUUGCUUGAAGUCACUGACACAAAGGUGCAGAGAGCAGCUGCAGGGGCCUUGCGAACCCUGGCAUUCAAAAAUGAUGAAAACAAAAACCAGAUUGUAGAAUGCAAUGCACUUCCUACCUUGAUUCUAAUGCUGCGGUCUGAGGAUGCUGCCAUACAUUAUGAGGCGGUUGGUGUCAUUGGUAAUCUGGUACACUCAUCCCCCAACAUUAAGAAAGAAGUUCUCCUUGCUGGGGCUUUACAGCCUGUCAUUGGAUUACUCGGCUCCUGCUGUACAGAGAGCCAAAGGGAGGCAGCUUUAUUACUUGGGCAAUUUGCUGCUACAGAUUCAGAUUGCAAGGUCCACAUUGUACAGAGAGGUGCUGUCCGACCUUUGAUUGACAUGCUUCAAUCUCCAGAUGUACAGCUUAGGGAGAUGUCGGCCUUCGCUUUGGGGAGAUUGGCCCAGGAUGCACACAACCAAGCUGGCAUCGCUUAUAAUGGUGGUCUAAUGCCACUGUUGAAACUUCUCGACUCCAAAAAUGGGUCUCUGCAACACAAUGCUGCUUUUGCGCUUUAUGGUCUUGCUGACAAUGAGGACAAUGUAUCCGAUUUUAUCAAGGUAGGAGGUGUUCAAAAGCUGCAAGAUGGAGAAUUUAUUGUCCAGGCAACUAAAGACUGUGUGGCCAAAACCCUGAAAAGACUAGAGGAGAAGAUCCAAGGAAGAGUAUUGAACCAUUUAUUAUAUUUAAUGCGCGUAGCAGAUAAGAUUGUCCAAAGACGAAUUGCUUUGGCUCUUGCUCAUCUUUGUUUACCUGAUGACCAAAGAACAAUAUUUAUUGAUAACAAUGGAUUGGAGUUGCUUUUGGGGCUUCUUGGGUCUACUAGCCUAAGGCAGCAACUAGAUGGUUCUGUAGCCUUGUACAAGUUGGCUAACAAAGCCACUGCACUCUCUCCUAUGGAUGCAGCUCCUCCAUCUCCGACACCACAGGUCUAUCUGGGUGAGCAAUAUGUAAAUAAUUUGACGCUAUCCGAUGUUACCUUUUUAGUUGAAGGUAGACGGUUCUAUGCUCACAGAAUUGCACUUCUUGCUUCUUCUGAUGCAUUCCGUGCAAUGUUUGAUGGUGGCUACAGGGAAAAGGAUGCAAGAGACAUAGAGAUUCCAAAUAUAAAGUGGGAGGUCUUUGAGUUGAUGAUGAGGUUCAUAUACACAGGGUCGGUAGAUGUUACAUUAGAUAUUGCACAGGAUCUGCUUAGAGCUGCAGAUCAGUAUCUUUUAGAGGGACUGAAGCGGCUUUGUGAAUAUGCCAUUGCACAGGAUAUAUCUUUGGAUAAUGUUUCAAACAUGUAUGAACUUUCUGAGGCCUUCCAUGCUAUCUCAUUAAGACACACUUGCAUCUUGUUUAUUUUGGAGCAGUUUGAUAAAUUGAGUGCCAGUCCUGGGUUUUCUCAUCUGAUACAGCGGAUAAUACCAGAGAUCCGUGACUACUUCUCUAGAGCUCUUACUAAACCAAACCUACAUAGCACUCGGUUAUAGAUUCUUCCCAUUCUUGACCUGUUAUUGCCAACUAACCAGAGACGGGUGAUAGAGACUGUACAGUGAAGGAUAAUGUCAUUGGUGGUGGUGCUGCUGGUUAUGUGGAGAUAAUUUUUGUGAUGCGCCUCGUCUGAUAUCAAAGUCCUUUGUCCUAUUUACUCUCUGUAGAAUCACAUGUAAUCCUUUUCCCCUUCUAGGUAGAAAGGAGGAAAAAAGGGGUAUAGCCUGGGUGAGGGGUAUCCUGUCCUCUAGUAAGUGCCAUUGUUUUGUUAGUGACCAUUAUCUUUAAAAUUUUCAUUCAUAGGGGGACUAAACAUGGUUAGGUUGUCACUCUUGUCACAAAGUACCAAUAGAUGUGCCAAUGCCCAAAUUCAGUCCCUG